AUGCCGCCUCGGCUGUCUUCAGACCCCGCUGUUGUAUCCUUCACAGUAUGUGGGACCCCAGCCAGAGCAGCAGCAGCAGCAGCAGCGCCGCCGCCAGCAGCAGCCCCAGCAGCACUGGCAGCAGCGGGCCCUGCCGCUGCUCCUGAGGACCCAAAGGAAAAGAAGGAGGGAGAAAAUUCUGGCCCUCCUUCGGCCUUGGUGCAUCUCUCUCGCACGCUUCUGUCGCUGAAGUGCCUGCACAGCUACGACGCGAGCGUGACGCGCAUCAUUUGUCAAGUCUCUUUCGUGGCUCUUUACCGCCUCGAUGUGGCUCGCAAGGUUUGGAAUAAAAUGGAUGUUGUGGGGGGCCUCCAUUUGACGCAGCGGAGGGUACCCCCGGGGGCCCCCCGGGGGCCCCCCCCGGGGGGCGCGGGGGGGGCCCCCGGGGGCGCCCCCGGGGGGGCCCCCGGGGGGGCCCCCGGGGGGCCCCCCCCGGGGGGGGCCCCCUCGUGGGGCUGUUUGCUGCUGCCAAGCCACGAGCAGCCCCUGACUUCUGAGAUGUACCUUCGCUAUGGCGGGGACAAGGGGGGCCACCGGCGAAGUCCUUUGUUCGAGGCCCCCGGGGGUGCAGCAGGAGCAGCAGCAGGAGCAGCAGCAACGGGAGCAGCAGCAGCAGCAGCAGGUGCUGCUAAGUACCGCAUGUUCAUCAUCAACCAGUGCAGAGAAGAAGUUUUCUUCCAAGACAUUUUCCCCGGCCCCAACUUCAUUGUCGAGGCGGGGCCCAGCCACGUCUUCUACAAGAUCCCCGAGGCCAACGAGGAUCAAUAUGCAGUUUACGGGCUGUGGAUGCACAGUGACGAAGAAAGGCUGCGGCUGCAGGAGGCGCUGCGAGAGCUUCUGGAGUCUGAAGGGCAGAGCUCGGAGCCAGCAGCAGCAGCAGCAACAGCAGCAACAGCAGCAGCAGCAGGGGGAGGAGGCGCGGCAGCGCAGAACGUGGCGUCUCUCCCGGGGUUGCCGCCGCAGCAGCAACAGCGGCAGCAGCAGCAGCAAAUCGUGAGGCAAGGGAAACCAGCGCAGCAGCAGCGGCCGCACGAGAGAGCAAGGGAUCCAGCUGGAGAGAAUGCAGGCAAAGCGUUGCUGUCUUUCUUGACCGGAGGCGUGCCAAUACCGAGCGCCUUUGAGCAUUCCUACGAGACAGCGAGCGGGAGGCUUGCUGCAAAGUCUGCGGGGGCAGCAGCAGCAGCAAACACAACAGCAGCAAAUACAGCAGCAGCAAGCACAGCAGCAGAAAAUGCAGCAGCAGCCGACACGGCAGCAGCAAGUGCAGCCUCAGAGGCUCAGACAGCGCCGCCGAGAACGAGGAGUCUGCCCUCUUCAGCAGCAGACGGAGGAAAAGCAAUUAUUAGUUUGCUGCGGCAGCACAGGGAACAUCGGCAGCAGCAGCAGCACGAGCAGCUGCAGCCAGAAUGCGAGCAUGUGCAGCAGGAGCGACAGCAAGUGCAGCGGGAUAGGCAGCAGCUGCAGCAGCAGCAGCUGCCGCUCCAGCAGCAGGAACAGCUGCAGCAGCAACGACAGCAGCAGGAGCAGCAGCAGCAGCAACGGCAGCAGCAGCAGCGGCAGAGCCAACAGCCGCUGCACCAGAAACUGCAGCCGGCGAAGGAGAGGCCGCAGCGGUAUCUGCAGCCGCCGGGACAAGAGCAGCAGCAGCGCCAGGAGCUACAGCAGCACUGGUGGCAGCAACGUGAGGAAAAGCCGCAGCUGCAGCAGCAGCAGCAGGGACUGCAGCAAGCAGCUGAUGCUGCCUUGCGUGACUCAGCAGGCGCCCUCAGGCGGCCCUCGGAGCAAAAGCGGGGCGGAGAGCCCGCACGUUUUGUGCGCGCAGCAACGGCGCCAACAGCAGCAGCAGCACCCCAAGCAGCAGCAGCAGCACCAGCACCAGCAGCAGCAGCACCAGCAGCAGCAGCAGCACCAAUUGCACGCUCCGCACCCUUGUCUCCGUUCCGUAGCUGCAACUACCCCAAAGCCUUUUCGCAGCAGUCGCUGCUGCAGAUGCUCACACGGGAGUGCACAGGAGCCCCAGGGACAACAGCAACCGAUGACGCAGCAGCAGCAGCGGUGGAAUCAACGAGGGCCCCUGUGGCGUCGACCGCAGCAGAAACAGCAACAGCAGCAGAUGCUGCAGCAGCAACAUUCCCAGCAGCAGCAGCAGACGAGGAGACCACUGUUGUUUCGCGGGCGUCUCUAAAGCAGGCAAUCGCGGCUGCGCUACAGAGCGACGAGUUCCAAGACCUCGUGUGGCGGCAGCUGCUGCUGCUACAGCAGCAGAAUAGGCAGCAGCAGCAUCAGCACCAGCAGAGCAGGCAGCAGCAAAACAGGCAGCAGCAGCAGCAGCAGCAGAUCCUCCGUAGAAGCGACCGCAGCCAAAAGCUGGAGGGGUGA